GCCCAUAAACAUUUGGGGUCAAGAGCUCAGUUCCUUAAAAUAUGCUAAAUGGGAUUAGUCUUGAACUUCCAAGAAGUAAAUAUUAGGUGGAAACUGAUAUUUAUUUAUUUCAUAUGAAGGGCAUUGGGAUUCUUAUUGGUAGCUUGUUGUUCACAAAUUUAGUCUCGUUGAAGUCACUGUAGAAUUUUUAUUGCCUGUGGGUUUGUUACAGUAAAUGUAAAGAUAGAUAAAUGUUAAUAUAGUUUAAAAAAAAACCACACAAAAACCAAACCAAAACAAAAAACCCCACAACAACAACAACAACUUAGAUAGAGACUUGAGCUCUUAAUGAGUCCCUGUCCCAUGUUUUUCUUUGCCCCAUUUCUUCUCCAAAUGAGCACUGGCAACCCAUCUCACCACAUGAAGUCAACAUUGAUCCAAAUCUGUUGGACCCAAGGGGAUGAAGCUUUGGGGAGCAGUGUGUGCCUGUGCCUCGCUGCCAGUUUCCUGCUCCACUCCUCUCUCCACUGGAGAGGCUGGUUUUACAGGGCGGCAGCUGCAGCCCUCGUGCGGCACAGCCCACGCCGCCGCUUGGAAAAGCUGCUGCUGAUGCUUUGGAGCGCGUUGGUUGCAGCGCCUGUGUGCUAGGCAGGCAGGAAGCCCCGCGGACCAGCCCAUCCUUGCGCCCAUCCUGUCUCCCUGCAGAUGCAGAGCGCAGCUCCUGAGCUCCCUGGCAGCGGCUGGUGGCAGACUGGUGUCACGAUGAGCAGGAACGGCGGCAGAGGUGUUUGUGUGCCCUGAGUGAAGGCUCUGGUGCCGGACACAGUCAAGCAGAAUAUACACUGGUGUGGUGGAAGAAAGGCAAAAGUCAGCUGGAUAUGAUGGAGCUCCUAGAGGAAGAUCUGACCUGUCCCAUUUGCUGUAGCCUGUUUGAUGAUCCUCGAGUCCUGCCCUGUUCACACAAUUUCUGCAGAAAGUGUCUGGAAGGAAUUCUUGAGGGAAACGUGCGGAAUGUGCUUUGGAGGCCAUCCCCUUUCAAGUGCCCCACAUGCAGGAAGGAGACUCCUGUCACUGGAGUCAACAGCUUGCAGGUCAACUAUUCCCUGAAAGGUAUCGUGGAGAAGUACAACAAAAUCAAAAUAACUCCAAAAAUGCCUGUGUGCAAAGUGCACAGUGGACAACCCCUGAACAUUUUUUGCCGGACAGACAUGCAGCUGAUCUGUGGGGUUUGUGCCACCCGUGGUGACCACACAAAGCAUGUUUUCUGUUCCAUUGAAGAAGCUUAUUCCCAGGAGAAGCGGGCUUUUGAAACCUUGUUUCAGGGUUUUGAAACUUGGCGUUGUGGAGAUGCCCUCUCAAGGCUGGAUACCUUAGAGACCAGUAAGAGGAAAGCUCUGCAGAUGCUGACAAAAGAUUCUGACAAAGUGAAGGAGUUCUUUGAGAAGCUGCAGCACACACUGGAGCAGAAGCGAAAUGAGAUUCUGUCUGACUUUGAGACCAUGAAGCUUGCAGUGAUGCAGGCCUACGAUCCAGAAAUCAAUAAGCUGAACACGAUUCUGCAAGAGCAGCGGAUGGCUUUUAACAUUGCAGAGGCCUUCAAAGAUGUGUCUGAACCCAUCAUAUUUCUGCAACAGAUGCAGGAGUUCAGGGAAAAAAUCAAGGUGCUCAAAGAAACCCCAUUACCUUGUUCCACUGUGGACAUCAGUCCCACAAUGAAGAGCUUUGAUACCAGCCAGUGGAAUGGAAUAAAACUUGUUGAUGUGGACAAACUUUCCUUGCCUCAGGAAAGCAACACUUUUAAAUUCGGGAUUCCCUCAGUCUUUUCACGCAGAUUUAUAGUGAACUCUCUUAUUUUCUUGCUCAUUCUUGCUGUCACCAGAAUGUCCUUUGUGGAGUCAGUGAUUGACAAUCUCCAGUGCUGGAAAUCUCAGUUCCUUACAAUUUGCUUGUCCUAUUUGGCAGAUACCGUGGAGAUAGCAGAUCAUGCAGUCUUUUACUGGGAACAGAUGACAGAUGGAGCUUCACUUUUAAGAGAAAAGUGUAAAAACUACACGUUGGUUGUACUGGAUAACGUUGCACAAUUUGUGUGCAAAUAUAAACUGUUGUGAGGUGUCUGCUGGAAUAUAAGAACUAAGAUAUGGGGAAGAAAACAUGGGACUUCUUAAAUUAAUUGGUCUUUUCAGACUUCCAGUGAAAACAUUCAAAGACUCAAAAUGAUUUGAAACAUUCAUAAUGUUCACAUAGUUUGAGCAUUGCUAAACCAGAAAGUGAAAUGGAGCUUUGAAAUACACUUUGUUGAUUCUUCUUUCAGUGGUGAUUAUGAGAACAUUACUCACUGUAAAUCAUUGUUCUUACCAAAAUAUAGGGCCAAACUGUAUCUUUAGUUUGAUGUUAAUGUAAUUGUAGAAUAAGAUAAAAGAUUGUAGUUUAAAAAAAAAAAAAUCUAACUGGGAGAUUGUUUGGAAAGAGGAAGAAGAGUUGUGAUUGAGGUGAGCACUGUGCUGACAGGUUUGCCAAGGACUGCCCUUCCACUGCAAAAUGCAGUGUGCAUCAUUCACGUUCUGGAACCAGCUUCUAUCUGAUGAUACUUCUCUCUGAAGUAGCUAUAUGUUUUGGUUUGGAUUUUGUUGUUGUUGUUUUUUUGGUUGGUUUUUUUUGUAUAGCCAAAUGUUGUAAUUACCCUGUGCAUUCAGAUUAUGUGUUCUAUACAAAAAUUUAUCUUGAGGGCAAGCAUAAAUUCUAGAGGUAAUGAUAAGCACAAGCUGCAAGAUGGUAUUUCCAGCAUCAAAUUGUCGGGGUAGCUGGGCUGUUUUGUUAGAUCCUCUUUAUUUGAAGCCACACUUUCUUAAAAACUGGCCUUAACAUAAAGAACUUAGUGCAGUGAAAAGCAUGCAGGGGUCUGCCACAGGAAGGCAGCCUGGGCUCUAGCUCUCCAGAGGUGGCAGGUACGAGAGCUGCUCUCCUGUCCAUCUCUGCCUCUCUAGAUUGCAAUUCCAAAAGCCAGGAAAAAUGAUUGGAUGAUUCCUGGAACAGGUUGUGUGAUGCAGCAGGUGUAUGGAUGUUGGUGGUGUUUGAAGAACCUUGUAUAGUUUCUCCUGCUGUUUUCUUGUUUUUCUGUAUCUCAUUUCAGGAGCUGAUGGAAUUUUCUGGUUGCACUGACUUGGCCUUAGAUAACAGUGAUUUAAAGGGUACCUUAAGUUUGAGUUCUCUGAAGUGCCCUUCUUUAGGAGAAAUGUCUUGCCUGAAGCACAUCUAACCUCUUUUUGCAGUGGUCCUAUGAACAGCAGUGUAAGGAUUGAAAGCAUUGGACUGACAUUUCCUGAGAGCAAAUAUAACGUGUGCCAUACUUUGGGAAUAUUUGUUGGCCUCUCUCAAGAUUUCAUAAGUUGUGACAGUCAAUUCACUGUAUUCUGGUAGUCCUUGCAAGCUGUUCAUUUCAAAAAUAAAACAUUAAAUUCCCAGAA